GAAGAAAAAAAAUCAUAAUAUAAAGUUUUGAUCUCUUCAAAGCUUCAUCUCUGAAUCAGAAAAAAACAAUUUCGUUCUUCAGUGCUCGCGAAUCUUCGUCUUCAAAACAAUUUUACUCUUUGAUUGUGCAUCUCUCAAUCACAACAUUCCAUUGGUUCGUUUUGCUUCCAUAUCUGUGGUACUUUUGAACCGGUUGCCUUUGGGGUUCCGUAUCUGUGGUGUCUGUGUCGCGGGUUCACGGCGGUUGCUUCGGUGGUUAGCGCUUGCUUCGCGUUCAUAGCAGCUUUAAGUGUUCGCAGCUGCUUCGCAGGUAGAAAUUGAACGUGUGGUCGAACUGCUUAUGGAUUGGCACAUGGUGGCGUGAUGCCAUUUCAGUUUGUUUGCUUCCUCUUAUGAGCUAAGAUAUGGUGUGAAGCAAAUUUUCUGAGUUUGUUUUGGUUAAAUAGAGCAACAGAGAUUACAACUGCAGUAAAAUCGCCAUGGACCCAUCUAUCAUGAAGCUUCUAGAAGAUGACGAGGAUGAAACAAUGCAUUCAGGGGUGGAUGUGGAAGCCUUCCAGGCUGCUCUAAAUAGAGAUAUAGGAGGAGAUGUGUCUGCUUCUCAGUUUCCUGGUUCAGAUGCAGUGUUGUCUCAAGGAAGCAAUAAUACAUCAAGUCAAUCUUCAUCACAGUGGCCUACUUCUAACCAUGACAGCCAAAGUGAUGGUCAAAAUCAAGAGCCUAAAACUGCACAAGAGCAACAUCCAUCUGAGAUGGAGCCAAAGCAACAUGGGUCUCUUGGCGAACACCUUCAGCAUGUUGCUUCUCAGGAUGUAAAUAAUAUUCAUUUAUCACAGAAACAAUCUCAAGAUGACAGUCACCAAGCACCUGCUGUACAAGUUCCCCUCCACAAUUCUCAAACUAUUGGAAUUCAUAAUUCUGGAAAGGAUUCAGUGCUUAAUAAAGAAGUAGUAAAGAGUCAUAAUCCCAGCAGUGAAUCUCAGUAUGCAAAGUUGCAGCAGAUGAGUAAUCAACAGGCUACAGUCUCUGAGCAGCCAAGUAGCCAAGUAAAUCGUAGUAAUAAACAAGUACCAUUUGGCCUGUUGCUACCCAUCUUGCUUCCUCAACUUGCCAAAGACAGAGCCAUGCAACUUCAAACCUUGUUUACUAAAUUGAAGAAAGACGAAAUACAGAAAGACAGUUUUGUGCGGCUUAUGAAAGGUAUCGUGGGGGACCAGAUGCUUAGAUUAGCAUUAGCAAAGGUGCAAAUGCAACCUCAGGCAAGGCCCAAUCAAGCAUCUGCCGGGCAGCAGCUUCCUGUAAGGAUGCCAACUGUUAGUUCAGGUGCUAGACAAUUGAACGAUCCCCAUGCUUUAGCACAGAUGCAUCAAAGAAGUAUGAAUGUUGCCGUUGACCAAUCUCGCAUGAGUUCUUCAGCUGGCCAAACCAUAGAUAGCAAUGCUAGAAAAUCUCAGGAAUUUGAUGUUAAAAUAGAAUCUCAAGGAUUGCAACCAAACCAGUUGACGUCUUCCACUUCCAACUCUCCAGCUCAAGAAACAGAAAGAGCAUCAGUUCACAUACAAGGGCUCAAUAAGCAGCAGCAACAUCAUCUACAUUUUGCAUCAGCAUAUGGAAACAGUGGUGGUAACUAUAACCCUUAUUCUGGGACAACAAGCACUUCCACUUCGUCUAUCAAACCGCAAUCACAUGAUUCACACAUGAGUCAAAUUCCUCAUCAAGGUAUUGGUUCAAAUCACUUAGGUGGGUCAACACAUGGUUUGGGUGUAAUUGGUAUGCCAAAACUUGAACAGCAGAAUUCUUUCAAUGAUCCCAAGAGACUGCCAGGUGGAUCUGUGUCCUCUGCUGUAAACAAUGCAGCAUCUCAACAAACUUCAAAUGCUUGGCAACCAUCAACAAACAAAGAACAAAAUUUGGGCUUAAUGUCAUCUGUUUCUUAUGUCAAGAAGGAACCUGGUGACUUGUCUACUGAGCAGCAAAAUAGGCAUAAUUUGUCUAAAUUGCAUGGGUAUUCUUCUGUUAAUUCUGCUCAGCUUGAACAGAGUGGUGCCAGUCAAGGAGGUCUAAAAGACGAGUUUUCAAGAGGUCUUCCAGCAUCUACAAGCAUGCCACCUACAACAUCUACUGGCUUGCUACCACACAGUUCUGCUUCUGCUUCUGCCGUGACCCACCUAGAUUCCAGUGUCUUGCUAAGCUCUCAGAUUCCAUCAAAUGCUUCUGGAAUUGCUGCAAGGCCAUCUCUUAAAAAGUCUGCUGCUACCCAAAAGAAACCACUUGAAGCACUUGGUUCCUCACCUCCUCCUUCUAGUAAAAAACAAAAAACUUCUGGGGGAUAUGCUGAACAAAGCAUUGAACAACUUAAUGACGUCACUGCUGUUAGUGGAGUUGACCUCAGGGAAGAGGAAGAGCAGUUAUUUUCAGGGCCCAAAGAGGAUAGUCGAGUGUCAGAAGCAUCUCGAAAGGCUGUGCAAGAAGAAGAGGAGAGGCUGAUCUUGCAGAAAGCUCCAUUGCAAAAAAAAUUAAUUGACAUCAUGGCCAAAUGUGGCUUGAAGGGUAUGAGCAAUGAUGUGGAGAAAUGCUUGUCACUGAGUGUGGAGGAAAGGAUGCGCGGACUGAUAAGUAACCUGAUUAGAUUAUCAAAACAGAGGGUUGAUUUUGAGAAAACGAGACAUCGGACUGUUGUCACUUCAGAUGUUCGGCAGCAAAUCAUGACAAUAAAUAGGAAAGUAAGGGAAGAGUGGGAUAAAAAACAGGCGGAAGCAGAGAAGCUUCGGAAACUAAAUGAUGUUGACAGCAAUACUGGAGGUGAUGGUGACAAGGAUAAGGACGACGGCCGUGCUAAAUCAACAAAGGUGAACAAGGAAGAGGAUGACAAGAUGAGGACAAAUGCUGCAAAUGUUGCUGCUCGUGCUGCUUAUGGGGGAGAUGACAUGCUGUCGAAGUGGCAACUUAUGGCUGAGCAAGCCAAGCAGAAACGUGAAGGGGGAGUAGACGUGUCAUCUGGGUCUCAACCAGCUAAAGAUGUGAACCGCAAAUCUUCAUCAACAUCUGAAAGAAAUACAAAGGAUAACCAAGAAGGGGAGAAAAGAGGUUCAACCCCUUUUCUAGCAAGUUCAGUGGCCAGAAAACUCGGGAAGAGUCAUGCCAUGGCCCCUCAAACUAGGGUAGCUCGAAGCAUCUCUGUCAAGGAUGUGAUUGCAGUCCUGGAGAGGGAGCCCCAAAUGUCUAAAUCCCCACUCAUACAUCGCUUGUACGAGAAAAUUCAUUCUGAAACCCCAGUUGAACAAGGUUAAUCGAAGUGCCUAGGUGAUCUUGUGAUAGCAACAGCCUUGUUGAUACAGGGCCAAUUGUUGAACAGGUGGUUGGGUCAAGUGUUGAUAACAGAGAAGCCAAUUUUAUCUUCUAACAUCUUGUUUAUUUUAAUUUCUCACCGAGCUUAUUAUGCUAUUAUCAUCUUAUGCUUCCCUACGGAAACUGAAACGGUUCCAUCAAGUUAAAAUUUGCUGGUUUGACUUACACUUCAUACAACCCAGAUAGUUUACUUUUUGAAUUUAUAUUUUCUCCUGUAUCCAUGAUCUCCCCGUGAGGGAUUUACCUA